GCAAGUACGCUAUGCGGGACCUUGUGUUCUGUUUACCGGGUGGUCCUGGUGAGCAGGCAUCAAAGCGAUCGGUUGACAUGACAAUAUCGGUUCUCAACUGUUUACAUGAAGUUAUACUUCGAAAUAUGGAAAAUGCAAAAUCAUUACGAGAUGCAAGUGGAAUUGAGAAGCUUGUCACAAUGUCUAAAAUGAGAGAUAAGUUUGAUAUGAGGAUCGUCCGGGCAGCAAAUCAGGUGCUUGUGACACUGUGGGGAUUCAAAGACCUCCGAAUUUUGUAUAAAAAAGAUGGCUGGAAUGCUGGUCAUUUUACACCCAGUUUACGAACAUCAACGCGUCCAACUCCACAGCCAGCAUCGUCACCAUCAACACAGCCACAGAGUGGCGAUACAAAUAACAGACCAUCCACAAUGUCACCGACCUCUCCGGGUCAUGGAUCAGAUUAUGACACAACACUGCCACUUAGGUCAGCGCAAGAUCAAGAUCGUGGCCCAGUAUAUAUAGGACAACCCGCCCCAACCUAUGAUGAUAGAUAUGGUUCAGGUAAACCAAUUAUAAACAAAAUAAUUUG